AAUGUUAAUAAAGUUUUUCAAAAAAUGUAAAUAAACCCGUUCACCGGUGAAACGCGGCGGCGCGGACGGGUACAUUAAACCAGGGGCCUCCUGUCAGCACCGUCCUCAGCUGCCAACCCUCGUGUUUAAAACGAGCGCCCCCUGCGGAGGCAGCGCCGUUACCGUGGCGACGCGUCUGUAAACCAAACGCAGCGGCUUCAUCGUUUCAAUUCGAGGUAAGAAAACUUUAACAAGACACAUCCCGUGGUGGUGGAAUAGAUGUUUGAGAAGGAUCAAAUCACUGGCUGCAUCAAGUAGCGGUAACAUCUAAGGAGACAGAAGCAGAAACUACUAAAACUGGAUUAAGAACCGGGUUUGUUGCUCCAUUAUUAAGAACCGGAAGCCUCAAAUAGUGAGAGACCAGAUCAUUUUCACGACAGAGUCCAGACCUGAGAAUCUUUAGGAUGAACCGGAGAAGACUUUGAUCAGUGGCGGUGGUCGUCAUGGCGGCGGGGGCGGUGUCAGCUCCGCUCAUCAUCCCCAUCGUCCACCUCCAGACGCACAGAACCAAGAACCACAUCAGCACCAGAACACCGGUCUCCAUCCAGUCAGACACUGCAGGAGCUCUGGUCUUCUACACGCUGGACGGGUCGACGCCGGCGGCCGAGCACCGAGGGUCCGGAGGAGGCGGCGGCGGCGGCAGGAAGUACAGCGAGUCCAUCCUGCUUCCUGCUGGGAGGACGACGGUCAGAGCUGUGGCCGUCACCAGUGACGGCAGACAGAGCUCCGUGGUGACCAAGGUUUUCUUGGUGGUGGACGAGGACGACGCCCUGCAGCGUUCGUCUGAAGCAGCGUCCUGUUCAGCUGGUCCUUCACCGAGGCAUUCAGAGCCGAGGACGAAGGCUGGCGUCUCUCCUCACUCAGGUACUCGGUUUCUGAACAGUCGACUCGGUUCUGGCAGCGCCGCCCAGACCCCCCCCACCAGACGCUCCCAGUCAGCGAGUUCAGGUGAAGAUCAGCUGAGCAGCACACAGGUGUCCAGAGUGCAGCGAGAAACCGACUACCUGAGGUGUGCUCAGUGUCUGAGCCUCCGUCCCUCGGACCCGUUCGCUCGGUUCUGUUCUCAGUGUGGAACCGCGGUUCCUCCGAUACCGGGUCAGAGGCUGCCCCCUGCUGAGGGAGGACAGGUGCUGCUGUGUGUGUUCUGUGGUUCUCUGGUUCCGGCCAACACUCGGACCUGUUUGGUCUGUGAAGCCUCGGUGGACCAGCAGCUGCAGCCCCAGGCCGGCCUCCGGCUCCAGGACCACGUUCUGUGUGUCGGUUGUGGAAGUGGGAAUCCAGCUCACGUCUCCAGGUGUUUGACCUGUGAAAGCCGCCUGCAGCCGGUGGCGAGAGCCGGGAACAGCGCCCCCUCUAUCCCAGCAACAGACAGCAGGAAGUUGUCCUGCUCCAGGUGUAACCGUAUGAACCGCGGGGACGCCAGAUACUGCGACUGGUGUGGCGCUAAGCCCGGUCAUGCUGCUAGCUGUGUGAUGUGCCAGCGAUGUGGAGCGAGUGGACACCCGUACGCUUUCUACUGUGCAGCCUGCGGCGCCUUCCUGGAGGCACAAGCUCCUCCCCGCUUGUGUGAGCAGGCGCCAGGACUGAACUCCCAUGAUGCCACCUGGCAGGCCACGCCAUCAUCCAACCCUGCCCAGAGUGUUAAGGUAGCCCCGCCCACGGUGGACCAGUACACACAGACUGUAGGACUCUAUUUCCCAUCAGCCACUGAGCUGCAGAAAAAGGAACAGAAGGAAUUCUUCAGCCGCCAACGGGCGACCAGAGACCGUCGAGCUUUGCUGACCCCCAUCAGCCCAGGACGGGGUUACUGGAGGAAGCAGCUGGAUCAUGUGUGCGCUCACCUGAGGAGUUACGCCCAGAACAACGCCCCCUUCAGGACCCUGCUGGGAGAACCUCGUCUGGGCCGGAUGGUUUCCGCGGUGAUCCAGGAAGACCGGUACGAAGUCAGUCUGACUGUCAGCUUCGUUUCGGCCGGACGUCAAGACCAACCGGUCGGUUCUGAAGGUGACGGCGUUGAACCAACAGCUCCGACCGAGUCUCUGAGCAGCGUCACAGAACGAUCGGCUCCAGAAACCCUCAGAACUAACGGAAGUGAUCCACCCUCCAGUCGGAAGAGACUCCCCAGACCAAACCCGACGACCACUCCUCCGGUGAAGGACAGUCAGCUGCUGAAGGAGCUCGGUCCAGGUCGAGGUCAGGUCGACGCCAUCCAGCAGCUCCUGGAUCAGGGGGCGGAUCCUUCCUGCUGCGGAGGAGACGGCCGCCACGCCCUGACAGUUGCAGUGGUGAACGGUCACCAUGACGUACUUCCUGUUCUGGUGCAGCGAGGAGCCGACGUGGAUCAGCAGUCUGGACGGAUGAAGAACACGGCCCUGCAUGAAGCUGCAGCUCUGGGCUCUGAAGGUCUGAGGAGUGCGGAGAUCCUGCUCAGGUGUAAGGCCAGCGUGAGGCGGAGGAACGGCGCCGGUCAGACGGCGUACGACGUGGCGCUGAGCUCCGGCUGCGGCAGCGUGGUGUCUCUGCUGGCCGCUCAGACCGGACACGACCUACUGGACAAACUGGGAAAAGUCAAACUGAACCUGGACGUCUUCUGACACUAAACACCACUGAAUACUAAACAUGACGCUUUUAGAUGUUUCCAGUUUGAUCUUUGAAGGAAUUGAAAUAAAAUUUUCUACUGUAGGCUGA